GCCUCCGGUGCCGCAGCCCGGCAGGCGCCUCCUCUUGCGCGGCGCCGCUCCUGCUGCUGCUGCUGCUGCUGCGAUGCUCCGCCGAGGGGGCCGCCGCUGAAGGAUGAGCGCCGCCGCCCGCCGCCGGCCCUGCCCGCCCGGAGCCCCGCUGCUGCCGCCGCUCCUGCUGCUGCUGCUCUUGCCGCCGCCCGGCGCCUGGGGACUGCUGGCCACCCCCGGCGAGCUGUGUCCUCGGCACCUGGACUGCACCCUUCAGCGGCGGAAGGAGUGUCCCCUGGGGUCCCAUGCCUGCGGCCCCUGCCUCCCCCAGUUCUUCGAAGACGGAGAGGGAAGAUGCGUGACCAAGACAGGAGCGCCCAAAGGGCAAACCGCUGUGGUCCCCAACCCAGAGGAGGAGAUUGACUUGGUGUCGGAUGCCCUCGCCAAGCAGGGCAGGGGGCCUCUGCCCCACAGCCAGGAAGAGAGCCUGGCCCCCACUGGCCAACACUCCAGGAACGGGGCAUCGAAGCCAGACACGUCAUCUCACCCCACCACAGAGCCGGUCCACAACCCCCCAGUGGAGUCGACCCACAUCUCUUCCAACGAUGCCCUCGUCCUUGGCCUGAUUGUCGUCUGCACGGUUGCAGGGGUGGCGGCCCUGGUGGUGGCGACGAUCUGCUGGUGCAGGCUGCAGAGGGAGAUCCAGCUUGCCCAGAAAGCGGAUUAUCCAGCGAAUAAGCUGCCCCAGCUCCCCUCCGACAAGCUCUCUCCUGGCGAUCGGAAGCUGGCGCAGAGUGCCCAGAUGUAUCACUACCAGCACCAGAAGCAGCAGAUGCUCUCCCUGGAGAAGAAUAAGGAGGAAGCCAAAGCUGCUGAAUCUGUCUCCUCGGACGAAGAGAAUGAAGAUGGAGACUUCACGGUCUAUGAGUGCCCUGGCCUGGCCCCGACUGGAGAGAUGGAAGUGAAAAACCCCCUUUUUGAUGACUCCACUCUGCCCCCAAAGCUGCACCCCUGACCGGGAACUGUGGACUGUGCGCAGGACCUGUCCGAGGGCCACCUGACCCAUGGCUCUCCUCUGCCCUCCUCCGCAAAUUCUUGGCUGAAAUAAAUCCGCCUUCUGGGCAACUCGCUUCUGCUCGGCUCAUGUUCCCCCCUGCACCGGCCCUUCAGCUGGCUCCUGGAUGUCCCGAAGAGGCUCUGUGGACCGUCUGGACUCAGGGGGGAAGAGAUGGGGGGCCCUGAGGCCUGGCUUGCCACCUCCUGCCCCCCAAUCCCUGCCAGCCCUGCACAAAUCAGAUUUCAGAGUGGAGGGGUUCCUCUUUUCUCUUUCCUUGUUUUGCAGCCGCCAAGCCAAGGUUAAAAUAAUCGGGCUGGGGAGCUUCUCCCUUUGGGAGGGAGCUGCAGCUUCAAGAGGGAGGAAGUGUUCGGACAGGCGCUUCCUUGCCCGGCCAGUUGAGACGCCUUGGGAAAGCGGUCCAUGUGCCCAUUUCGCAGGUGGGAACCAGAGGCAGACUGAGGCUGGAAAAGGUGCAGCUGCCAGUUUAGUAAGUCCUGAUCCAUUUCACACUGUUUUCAGCACUUUCCCAAGGGAACUGAGUUUUGAGGCUUUGUGGGCCAGAUUUUAGUUCUCCGAAUUUCAAGGGGAAGCAAUGUUACAAAACAGCAUUAAGGUCCGCAGAGGGACCUGUUCAGAGAGGGGGAGGCAGGCUGACCCCCAGAGUUUCUCCCCUUGGGCCUGGGGGCCAGACAGCCUUCACCCCUUAGCUUUCUCCGGCUGUGCCCCCCGUUCUGCCAGUGUGGUGUCCCUACCUGAUGAAGGGAGGUGACACCAGUUCUGAUUCAUUGGGCAUGUCCAAGGAAUUCAGAACCUUCCACCAGAUCGACUGAGCAAGAGCUAGGAUGGCACUGAGCCAAGUUUUGUUUUCUUUUUCAAUUAAAACCAAAUCUGGAAUGUUGAUUUUCUUCAUACCAAAUUCAGAAGGUUUCCGAAGUAUUUCUGAAUUCCUUAAUUAAAUGGGAUGGGUGUCGAGGGAAGAAGAAUGAGAUUGAUGGAAACCUGUGUUGUCUGCUUUCAGAAGACAGGAUGUUCGAAGCAUUUGAUCUCCUCUAAGAAUUGGGGAGGGGGGAAAGUGUGGAGAGGGUGAGUUGUGUUAGACAGCAAUCAAGGCUGACUCCUACCUUCAUCUUCGCAAGUCCAAAGAUAUUCCUAACCACCUGGGUAGCUGUAGCCUAUUUCUCCUUGCCCCUGCUGUGAGGUCUACAAGCUUGAUGGAACACAAUAAACAAACAAGGCUCACUGCUGGGGGGGGGGGGCACAAGUGGUUUGGAAAAGGGGCCUUUGGUUAUACAAUUGUACUUUGGGAUUGCGAUGCAUUAUUUUGAAGAGGUUUGCCAAAAGCCUCAAGAAACCAUUUUUGGAGUGCAUUAGAGUUGCAUCAGGAGCUCCCCCCCCCCUCCCGGCACCUCCUCUAUGAGUUUUGCAAAGGUGCCCCCUCCUUCCCAUCAGUGUCUCAAGAGGGUUUUCUUGGGCCAAAACUGAAGGGCCUGAAGCUGCAGCCGGAGAGGCCUCCAAGCCUCCAGCUGCUGGGCCCUUCGGCUACGGGUCCCCUACCUGAAUCGGAAGAGUCGGGGGGGGGGGUUAGGGGUUGCUCUGGCUGAGUGAGGAGGGCAGGACCACCUUCUUAAUCAGAGAAGAACAGUCCUGCCUGCAGGAUGAAGAGUAUCAGGGCUGUUUCCAAAGCAGCUUUAGGGGGGGCAGGGGAGACCCCUCUGCGUUCAUCCUCCUGUUUUUGAGUUUGCACAGCACUUUUGCACUUAUCCCGCUGAGUAGUUUACUCCCUACUUUUGUAUUCUUUCCAAAGAGGAAGCCACACAUAAGGGAAAGAGACCUGAAACCAGAGCUCUUAAGUUCUGAGUUGCCUCCUCUGCUGCCUGGACUGUGUCCAUUGCUAAUAUUGGAGGAGGGAGAGGAAUUCCCCCCCCC